AUGGGUGACGGCUACAUCAUUGCCAUAGACUUUGGCACUGCAUACAGUGGCUAUGCUUAUAGCGUGACCCCCAAAGAAAAAGAAAUCGAGCCCAUUCUGAAAAAAUGGGGUCAAGAAGAAGGACUGGACACUCCGAAAACUCCAACCAGCAUCCUGUUUGAUGAACAUGGUGAAUUUAUGAAGUUUGGUUAUGAAGCCAAAGCAGCAUAUAUCAAUGUGCAUGGAGAAGAAGCAAAGAAGCAGUACUUCUUUGAAAACUUCAAGAUGGCCCUCUAUGGAAGAGAACUGACCAGGGAUGUGACCAUUAAAGCAGCCAACGGAAAGGAAAUGACAGCACUGAAGGUUUUCACAGAAUCCCUGAGAUUCCUGAAGGAAGACGCUCUGAGUACCAUCGGCAGUAACACAGGGGUUAAGUUCCUGGCCUCUGAUUUCACCUGGGUGCUCACUGUUCCUGCCAUCUGGGAUCCUUCAGCCAAGCAAUUCAUGAGAGAAGCUGCAACUGAGGCAGGUAUUGUGACAGAAGGAAGAGAGCACAAACUGGUGAUUGCUCUGGAACCAGAAGCAGCCUCAGUUUGGUGUAAGAAGCUUCCCUUUGAUGGUUUUAUCACACAGAACCACAACAGAAGCUCACUGGAUCAGACUCCAGGGACCCAGUACAUUGUUGUUGACUGUGGAGGAGGAACCAUCGACAUCACUGUUCAUGAAGUUCUAGGAGGAGGAGCUCUGAAGGAGCUACACAAGGCUUCUGGAAAUGAUCUGGGAGGACAAAAUGUGGACAGAAAGUUCAAAGAGUUUCUCAGAGAAAUAUUCAGUGAUGGAGUCUGGGAUGAAUAUGAAGAAAAUUAUCCCAGUGAGGUUCAGAAAAUGAUGUAUGAUUUUACCCGUCUAAAACAGGUAGAUGAAGACGUUCAGAUCACCUGCCAGUUUAAUCUGGGAACACUGGCUCAGAAAAAGAAAGCUGUAGAAGAGUUCUUUGAGGGUGUGGAAGGAGUGUCCUGGGAUGAUGGAUCUAUCAGAAUCUCCAGAGACAAACUGAGGUCUUUGUUUGAGGAGAGUCUGCAGGGUAUCGCAGAGAGUCUCAGAGAAAUCCUGAAGCAAGAUUUUAGCAUUGAGUUCAUUCUGUUGGUGGGGGGCUACGCUCAGAGCCAAAUCCUACGUCAGCACAUCACUGAUCAGUUUGGUGACCAGUGCAAAGUUCUGUGUCCUCUCAGGGCUCAAGAGGCCAUUGUGAAUGGGGCGGUGCAGUUUGGAAAAAAUCCAGAGGUGUUAGCUUCUAGGAAAAGUGCCUUCACAUACGGCAUAUCUGUGUGUUGCACCUUUAAUGCGAAAAAACACAAAGCAGAGAAGAAAUUCACAGAAGAGGGGUCUGACUAUUGUCAGGAUAUUUUCAGUGUACUGGUGACUGAAGGAGAAGAUGUGAAUUGGAAUGAAACCAGAGAGUGCUUCUUUAGUCCAAUACGAUCAGACCAGGAAAGAAUGAGCAUGAGAUUUUAUCAAACAGAAAGAAGAGAUGUAAUGUAUACAGAUGACUGGGGAGUGGAGGAAGCUGGUUCAUUCAUUGUUGACAUGCCUGAUACCACUGGUGGCAAGAAUCGUACAGUCAGGCUGGAUAUCAGCUUUGGAGCCUCUGAGAUAACAGCCACAGCGACAGAUAUAAAUUCUGAGGCUAAAGGGUCCAUUAAGAUGGAGUUUAUGACCAAAGAAAUUAGCAGAAUUGGUAAAGUUUCACGUGCCCCAGCUGUUGUUGCAAUGGAAUAA